AGGCUGGGAAGGCCCGGGUUUCGGGGUCGGGGCGGCGGGCCCGAGCUAGCGGAGGCUGGGGCUACGAGCUCAGGGCUGCGGCGGCCAGACCAGGCUCCACGCCAUUGUCCAGGGUCAGGAGUCAGAGCUGCAGGUGCAGGACAGGGCGGGCCAGGUGGCGCAUUACUAGCGCCUUUCGCGUUGUAUUCUUGGGAUUGCCUAGCUGCGCUCUAGAGGUUUGCAUCCGCCCAGUGAGGAAACUGAGGGCGAGAAGUGGGAGGAGGUGCCAUCUGCAGGGCCAGGCCACCUGCACCCCUCCCCACUGCACUUCUCCGGGGACGCCGCAGGCGCUUCCCUGAAGGAGGAGCCCCGCGCGCGGAGGAGGAGCCAGGGCAGCCCCCGGGAGCCAGAACACCAUUCUCCAGGAUAAGAGACAGAUUCUGACAGGCACCCCGCCACGGGCAGGAGGUUCGGGGCACAGCCUCAUGGAAGAGAAGCAAAUUCUAUGCGUGGGGCUGGUGGUGCUGGACAUCAUCAAUGUGGUGGACAAGUACCCGGAGGAAGACACCGAUAGCAGGUGUCUCUCCCAGAGAUGGCAACGUGGAGGCAACGCGUCCAACUCCUGCACCGUUCUGUCCCUGCUCGGAGCCCCCUGUGCCUUCAUGGGCUCGCUGGCCUCUGGCCCUGUUGCCGAUUUUGUCCUGGAUGACCUCCGUCGCUAUUCCGUGGACCUACGCUACACGGUCUUUCAGACCUUGGGCUCCAUCCCCAUCUCCACAGUCAUCAUCAACGAGACCAGUGGUAGCCGCACCAUCCUCCAUGCCUACAGCUUCCUGGUGGCUGACUUCAGGCGGCGAGGCAUAGAUGUGUCUCAUGUGGCCUGGCAGAGUAGGGGGGACACCCCCUGCUCUUGCUGCAUCGUCAACAACUCCAGUGGCUCCCGUACCAUUGUGCUCUACGACACGAACCUACCAGAUGUGUCUGCUAAGGACUUUGAGAAGGUGGAUCUGACGCGGUUCAAGUGGAUUCACAUUGAGGGCAGGAAUGUUUCAGAACAGGUAAAGAUGCUGCAGCGGAUAGAGCAGCACAAUGCCAGGCAGCCUCCAGAGCAGAAGAUCCGGGUGUCCGUGGAGAUAGAGAAGCCCCGAGAGGAGCUGUUCCAGCUGUUUGGCUAUGGGGAGUUGGUGUUUGUCAGCAAAGAUGUGGCCAAGCACCUGGGGUUCCAGUCAGCAGUGGAAGCCCUGAGGGGCUUGUAUGGUCGUGUGAGGAAAGGGGCCACCCUUGUCUGUGCCUGGGCUGAGGAGGGUGCUGAUGCCCUGGGCCCUGAUGGCCAGCUGCUCCAUUCGGAUGCCUUCCCACCACCCCGGGUAGUGGACACUCUGGGGGCUGGAGAUACCUUCAAUGCCUCUGUCAUCUUCAGCCUCUCCCAGGGCAAGAGCAUGCAGGAGGCACUGAGAUUUGGCUGUCAGGUGGCUGGCAAGAAGUGUGGCCUGCAGGGGUUUGAUGGCAUCGUGUGAGAGCCAUGUGGCAGGAGACACUGGCUCAUCAUCUCCCGUGAAGGCUGGCAUCACUGGCUACCAUUGCCUUCGCCCUUCUGUCUAGCCUGGCAUCCAGGCUGCCCUGAACCCAGGCAGAUGUGGUCAGUAGGAAGGACUCUGCUUGUGUCCUGUGUCCUUUGUCCUUCCCUUUCCCCAUAUCUCACCCUGCAGAGCCUCAGAUCAAAUAAAUCUUCCCCUGAGCCAGUUUCCUCUGGCCACCUAUUUGUC